CUUCCGAGUUCCAAGAGCACCCCUCAAUCAAUUGUUUGGUUCCGAUUUUCUUGGCGAUGCUCCUACAUCUGCGGCCGAAUACAGCCCUGCACAUAUUGGUGCGAAAGCUGGAUUGAUUUGUAACAAUGGAGUUACAGGUGUAUACUGCUGCGAAGGGCCUUUCGGCUGCAGGGGAAGAAGAGUCUCAAGGAUAUAAUCUGUUGGCACCUUCCCAAGGUUUUGAUGAACAACUUCAGGAACUGAUGCGCAGAGGGUCAUUAGACUUUGAUACUUGGACUUCGAUUAUCUCAAAGAUUGAGAAAAUAUAUCCCGAUGAUAUAGAGAAGAUCUGUUUAGUGUAUGAUUCCUUUUUGUCAGAGUUUCCUUUGUGCCAUGGAUACUGGAGGAAGUUUGCUGCUCACAGAGCACACUUAUGCACUAUUGACAAGGUUGUUGAAACCUUUGAACGAGCUGUGCGCUGUGCAACAUACUGUGUUGGUGUUUGGGUUGAGUAUUGUAGCUUUGGUAUGGUGGCUUAUGAAGAUCCAUCCGAUAUUCGUAGAUUGUUUAAAAGAGCAAUGUCCUUUGUUGGAAAGGACUACUUGUGUCAUUCCCUCUGGGAUAAAUAUAUUGAGUUCGAGUUCUCUCAGCAGCAGUGGAGCUUACUUGCCCUGAUAUAUGUCCAAACUCUGAAGUUUCCUACGAAAAAAUUACAUCGCUAUUAUGAUAAUUUUAAAAAGUUUGCGGCCAUUUUGGAAGCAGAGAUGGAACGGCAUGAAAACCACAGUGCUGAAAUAGAGUCAGAAUCUGUCAAUGAUGCUGCAUUCACAGCACUUACCAAUGAAAUCUCCUCUGUCAUUAACAACCUGCUGGAUCCUUCUACUGGCUACCUUUGUUAUAGAGCUCUGCAGAUCUAUAAAUCUAUUGGGGAGAGGUUCUACCAGGAAGCUUGUGAAUUAGAAAGUAAAAUAAGUAGCUUUGAGAAAAACAUUGGGAGGCCUUAUUUUCAUGUUAUACCACUUGAUGAUAAUCAACUAGAAAACUGGCAUCACUAUCUAGAUUUUGUUGAGAUGCAAGAAGAUUUUGAUUGGGCCGUAAAGCUUUAUGAGAGAUGCUUAAUCCCCUGCGCUGAUUACCCUGAAUUCUGGAUGCGUUAUGUUGAAUUUAUGGAAGCUAAGGGAGGGAGAGAGCUAGCAAACUUUGCCCUUGACCGAGCAACAGAAGUAUUUCUUAAGAAUGUGCCAGCAAUCCAUCUUUUCAACUCACGGUUUAAGGAGAAAAUAGGGGACAGGUGUGGUGCACGUGCUGCAUUUCUUUUGCCCGAUAAAGAGUUGAAUUCUGACUUUGUGGAAAAAGUUGUAAAAGAAGCCAAUAUGGAAAAACGAUUGGGAAAUUUUACAGCAGCCUCAAGUGUUUAUGAGAAAGCACUGGCAAUGGCAGCAGAGAGGCAAAAAUUGCAUAGCGUUGCGAUUCUCUACAUUCAUUUCUCUCAUCUUAAGUAUAUGAUGACAGGUAGCGUAGAUGCAGCCAGAGAUGUGAUUAUAGACGGCAUACAACAUGUGCCUCAUUGCAAAUUACUUCUAGAGGGUUUGAUAUACUUUUUGAUGAUGCAUGGAGGAGUUGGACAAGUCAAUGUAGUGGAACCCAUAAUAACUGAUGCUAUAUCUCCAGUGCCAGUUGCAUCUCAGGGGUUGGGUGCCAAAGAUCGGGAAGACAUAUCGGUUCUAUACUUGCAGUUUGUUGACCAAUGUGGAACUGUCCACGAGAUUAUUAAGGCAUGGAAUCAGCACAUAAAAUUGUUCCCACAUUUGCUAAGGACUACCUCCUCAAAGAAGCUCCCAACUUCAGGCACUCAAUUGUUGGACAAACUGACGGUAAAGCCUUGUUGUCCAUCUGGAGGCCAUACUUCGGACCAACUUAACCAGCUGCAGAUGCAAGAGCAGAAGGUAUCACUGCCUGAAAAUCAUCCCAUACACCCCAACCAGGUAUUCACAAGUCAGAUCCAACCAGAAGAAAACAACAACUGUGCACAGGAGAGAUCACAACAGGUAUCUCCCAAAAUUGCAGAACAGUGUAUGGAAGAUGAAUCAAUAGUAAAUAAACCAACCCAUGAUGUGGUACAUCAGUCUGGGGAUGAUGCAUGUGGACAUAUGGAAUCAACUCCUUAUUCGGUACAUCAGGCACCUGAAGCUGCAAAUGAACCAGUGGGGCCAGCUCGUGUAGAAGAUGAAUGUAGACCAAUAGUGCCAACUCAUGGCUUACUUCAUUCACCUGGAGAAGAUGCUUAUGAAACAAUGGACACAACUCAUGGUUUGGUAGAAAACACAACUCAACCUGCUCAUGACUUAGUGCAUCAAGUUGCGAAUGUUGAUUCAUUUUCAGAGGCCUCACAGAAAUACACAGAUUCCAUUAAGGUUGAGCAAGAGCUGGACCAUGAGCCUAAACAGCAUGCAAAGCCAUUUCCUUUAGAUGCCCUUCACUUGAAUUCUCAGGAGAAGAGAUAUUGGGAAUCAACACCAAUGUCUUCUUCUGAGCAACAAUCUCCGACCUAUAAUAGACCAGAGAAUUGUCAGAAAGCUAAAGGGAGCCGUUGUACACUCAGCACAGGAAGCUCGAUAUCCUCUGAUUCUGCUCAAAUCCAAAAUGAAACGUUAAAGCAUUCAUCAGGAGAUACAAGAUCUGGGUUUCAUGGGGAUUCAGAAAAUCAACAGAAUCAACAAUGGCGAGUUUCUCCACAGAAACAACGCCUUCCAGCUGAAAUUAAUGCCCAAAUGGUUAGCAGUGGAGGUGAUUCUGAUCAUCCUUUACCUGCGCAAAAUCCACUUGUUCAAAGGAAUUCAACUACUCAUUCGUCGCCACCACAAAAUUUGCAGCAGCAGAGCUUUGUUUCCGAACACCAAUCACUUCCUCAAGCACAGAUGGCUCAGUUUCCUAUGCCAAGCGGGGGGCAGUAUGGGAACACAGCUUAUAUUCAAGAGUACAAUCAGAUGAUGGAAAAUUAUUUCCGGCAGCUGCAGCACAUGAUUGCUCAACAACACUAUGAAUAUCAACAACAAUUUAUGCAGCAGGUGCAGCAGCAACAAGUUCAACAACCCUAUCAGCAGCAACAGCAGCAGCAACUUUACUUACAGCAGCAACAGCAACUGGCACAGUUGUACUAUCAACAGUUGCCCCAGCUGCAGGGACAGCAAGCUCAGCUGAUGCAGCAGCAGCAGCAGUUCUAUCAUCAGUUUAUGCAGCCACAUGAUCAGAACCCGAUGCAACAGCAACAAGCAUAUCAGCAGCACCAACAAAUGCAACACCACCAGCAGAUUACUUCACCACAGAUUCCAACAUGGAACGGGAGCUACUAUCAUCAGCAAUCUUCAUCGCAACAUUUUGGCAGCAGCCAUUCUGGGGUGGAACCAGGCCAGCAGUUUGUAUCUCAGGUCCAACAGGUUAUUUCACCUCAUAGUGCAAGUGCUUCUGAAUCUCUAGAUCCCCAGCAAAUAUCUCAAGGCAUAACACCACCGCAUCCUCCAGCUGCAUCUGGAUCUGCUGUUUCUCCACAUAACCAGCUGCAACCUUCACAUGGAGGUACACCACAUGGUGCAGGUGCAUCUAGACCAUCCUCAUCUCCGUAUAACCAGCAGCAAUUACCUUAAAUGAUUUUCUAUUAUCCCCAUGAGUCCUUGGGAGAAGUCGCCACAGAGGAGGACAUUUGUAUCAUUGUUGUGACUAGUGGGAAGGCAAUGAGGUCUGGAAAUUGACAAAGGACGUACAACGAGCUUCUUUUGUGGGAAUCCUAUUGUCAAUCUUCCAUGCCGAACAGUAAAGCUCUAGUAGGUGUAUUUUCCACAGCUUGAGCGUGUACAGUAUGGGCUAGUUUUGAAUUGCUUGUAGGGCGACCAUUCUGGGCGGGUUUCUAUGUUUUGAUUCAGACUUGGUCUAGCUUUUUUGGCCUUGCAUGAGACUCGAUUGUUAACGUGAUCGAGUGUCGUGUUUCUAAGUUCUUUUAUGUUUCAUUAGUUGCUUUCCUUUGGGAUGUCGCUUUUGGCUUGGUAAUGUCUCAGAUGUUUGUUUAUGCUAUUUAUCUGUCUUUGACUUGUCAUUGAAGUUCUUAUUGUUUCCUAACUAGAAGCAGUAAUUCAAAUUCAAUGGAAACUCAAAAA